AGGUUAUACUCCACCCAUGGCUCUGCAGUGAGUAACCUCUCCCAAGUUUCAUUUCUCAAAAAGCCUCCACCCACAGAGCUUAAGUCAGACUCACACACACACAAGGGCUCAGUUCGAGAGAAGAUGGGUCUCUUGAUGCUGAUCGCAGCUGGUGCUGGAGCAGCCGGUGCAGUUGCUGCUGCUCCAGUUGUUCUGGCGACUGUGGGUUUCACUAGCGCCGGGAUCGCCGCAGGCUCUUACGCGGCAUCACUAAUGUCAGCUGCCGCUGUGGCGAAUGGAGGGGGGGUCGCAGCCGGAUCAAUGGUUGCAGUUCUUCAAGCCGCUGGUGCGGCUGGAAUCCCAAUUGUGGGUCAGGCAGCUGUGGGCGCUGCAGGGGCCACUGUGGGCACAGUUUUGGGGAUCCUUAUUUGAGCUGACCAUGAGCUGAGCUGAGCCAGACAUAUUCUGUUUCUGUUGAAUAUACAAAUAAAAUUUUCUUCAUUAUCA